AUGGCGAUUGGAGCGACAUGCCCAGCAACAAUGGCUCGUGCAAUGGUGGUUGCAAGUUGUGCUGGAGGCUGUCGUCCGAUUAUGCUAGAGCAGGUAUCACGCUCGACUGCUAGAUUGUGGCUUCUUCCCGGCUUAGCUGCUGAGGCCACAUUUGGAAGAAACUGCUGGCGGUUAUCGUCGACUGUGGUUGUCACUUGCUAG